AUGGCCCCAAGAAGCAUCGUAACAACUUACCCCAACGCCCACCACCGACGCUACGCCUCGCCCCCAAUAAGCCCCUCCACCUACGCCCCAGACGCAAACGACAUCCUCGCCGAACUGGGCCUGCGCGCCGACGACUCGGCCUCGAGCGCGGGGGACUCCAGCACGGGGUUCUCGACCGUCGACUCGGGCGUAAGCGUCAACGGUGGCGGCAGCGAGAAUACGGGAAGCGGGAGCGGGGCCGGGGCCCGGAGAAGGAGGCGGAGGAAUCGCAACCGGAAUGGGAACGGGAACGGGGGUGGUAUCAAUAAUAACUACGGCAACGGCAACGGCAAUCAUCAGUCUGCGUUUAAUGGCAGCGGUGGAAGUAUCAACAUUGAUAACAAGAAUGGCAACGGCGGGAAUCUCAACAGGCAGACGACGGUGGUGAUUCCCCGGCAGGGCGGGGACCGGGACGAGAAGCCUGUGAGGUUGCAGAUUGGGUUGAAUCUAGAUGUUGAUCUGGAGCUCAAGGCCAAGUUGAAGGGAGAUAUCUGCUUGUCUCUGGUAGUGGAGAGAAAAUUCUCCAAGCGCGAGUCGAUGCGGGUGAAGCCCAACUGGAAGGGCGAAGUCGACGUCAAGGAGAUGUUCCACAUGCGCCUCGGCAAGUUCAGCUUUAGGCAGCGGUGGAUUGAUCGCGAGGUCAGCGAGAGUCUUACGGUGGCGAUUGGGGUCUCGCUUGUGUUGGGCGGAUUCGUUGCUGGGUUUACGGCGUCGAGAUGGUUGUGCUGA